CAGUUCCUACUUUGUUUUUUUUCUUUACCUGUUUUAAGUUUGUUUGCUAAAUUACGUUUCCAUUCCCAAAUCUGGUUUGCUUUCGUGUGGAUCCUUCACAAACCUCCUUCACAGACAUGAAUGGACUCCUCAGCUUCAACCCGACAGCAGCUCAUCAUCAGGCUGUCUGAGGAGACGAAACCACGACGGCCCUUGAGGAGGGCGUAGAGAACUGCAAGACAAUGCUGCACUUCCCUUCAGAUGCAACCCUCCAAGAGCCUGGACAACCCCAAAACCUGCUGGAUCCUCACGAGUCAACCCCCCUUUAUGGAAAGAGGAACUUUUGCCAGCUCAAUUUACCCAUAAACCAGUGGAUCCUAAUUGUGGGAUAUUACUGAUAAGAAGAUGCCUGCAGAUAUGAUGGAAAAAAACUCAUCCUCUCCGGUCGCUGCAACCCCGGCGAGCAUGAACACAACUCCUGACAAACCCAAGACAGCCUCGGAGCACAGAAAGUCCUCGAAGCCGAUCAUGGAAAAGAGGAGAAGAGCGAGGAUCAACGAGAGCUUGGGUCAGCUGAAAACGCUCAUCCUGGAUGCCCUCAAAAAAGAUAGCUCCAGACACUCCAAGCUGGAGAAGGCGGACAUCCUGGAGAUGACGGUGAAGCAUCUCCGGAACCUCCAGAGGGCUCAGAUGACCGCUGCUCUGAACACCGACCCCUCUGUUUUGGGGAAAUAUCGCGCCGGAUUCAGCGAGUGCAUGAAUGAAGUCACCCGCUUCCUGUCCACGUGCGAGGGGGUCAACACCGAAGUGAGGACGCGGCUGCUCGGCCACCUGGCCAGCUGCAUGACCCAGAUCAACGCCAUGAACUAUCCCAGCCAGCAUCAGCACCAGCAUCAGCUCCCAUCCACCGCGGGGCCGACGCACCCGUCCUUCAGCCAGCCCAUGGUGCAGAUCCCCAACUCCUCCCCACAGGUGCUCCCCAUGAACCCGGCGUCCUGCAAGGGCGGCUCCUCGCCGCCCACGGACGCCACCAAAGUCUACGGCGGCUUCCAGAUCGUGCCGGCCACAGACGGACAGUUCGCCUUCCUCAUUCCAAACGCGGCGUUCGCGCCGAACGGCCCCGUUAUCCCCGUGUACGCAAACAACGUCAGCACGCCGGUGUCUGUCCCGGCUGCCGUGUCCCCGGGAGCCCCGUCAGGAACCACGGAUUCAGUGUGGAGACCGUGGUGAGAGGCGGAGGAGCCUCACACAAGACUGAAAACAUACUCUCUAGUUCAAUAUUUCAUCAAUGAUAGAUUUUUUUCUUGUAAAAUGAAGAGUAUGCACUAUAUUUGUACAGCUAACAAGGGACUAAAGUUCAUAUUGAAAUGAGGUUUGUAUUGUGGAAGUUCGUUCACUGCAUUUUUAUAGGCUAUAUAAAUAUAUAUAUUUGAGUUGUCUUUUAUACUGUGUGACGCCAAAGACAUGUUGAUGCUGUUAUGCCGUUCUUCGUUUUGGAAGACAAAUAAAUUUGUAAAAAAUA